GGAGGAGGAGGCACCGGGCGAGAUGGCCUUCAACCUGGAGGAGUAUUUGCAGAAGGCUUUCCGGGACAAGCUGCGGACGGUGCCAGCGUGGGACACUGCCAUGCUGCUGCCCUCCACGCGCCUGCUGCAGAAGAGGCGGGAGAUGGCAGAGGUGGAGCGGGCGCUGCAGAGCCAGCGGGAGGAGUUUGGGCAGAGGAUGGAGCGCCUGGCGCAGCGCCGGCAGCAGCUGGGACAGCGGGAAGAGCAGCUCCGGCACGUCGUCCUCAAAUUCGAUGCCUUCCUCAAGGCUUCGGCGGCGAGGGAGGAGCGGGCACUGCGGCGGGCAGAGGAGGAGCGGGCGAAGGUGGCGAGGCAGGAGGCUGAGACCACCCGCCUGCGCCAGGAGCUGGAGGGGCUGCUGCAGCUCCGGGAGCGCCUGGCCCGGCGCCUGCGGAGCCUCCGUGGCUUUGAGGACUACUUGCAGGGCGUGCUGGCCAGGAUGGGGCAGUUCCAGGACAUCCCGGCCAUGCUGGCCCAUUUUGGGGCGCUGGUGGAGACACGGGCAGCCCUGGCACAGCAGGCAGAAGCCAGGCAGGAGCAGCUGGCCCAGGGCCGGGCACUGCUCCGGGAGUACCAGGAGGAGGCCAGCAGCGAGCUCCUGCGCACCCAGGACGAGCUGACCCAGCUCCGUGCACGCCUGGAGGCUGCCCACCAUGACAUGCUCCAGCAGGAGUCCCGCUGGGCCCACAUCCAGAGCACGGUCACCCAGAAGACCCUGCUGCUGGGGCAGAUCAAGCUGGCCGUGCUAAACCUCUUCCAACUCGCCACCGCGCAGCUCAAGGUCCCCACGGACGUAGCCUUGGAGGACACCGAGGCCCAGCUGGACACGGUGCUGCUCUGCAUGCAGGACCUGGCUGCCAUCUGUGCCGAGCUGUGCCCCAAGGAGGCAGGGCCGUGUCCCCCACGCUUGCCUGCAGCCACCAGCACCCGGCCACUGCGCCAGCGGGGUGCCAGGGUGCCCCCGGGCCAGGAAUAGCCCUUGGACUCCCCAGAGA